GAAUGUUCCCUAUCUCGUGGCGUCCUCGAUGUUUUGGAGCCGCCGAAUUUUCGCGCCUUAAAUUGAACUGCGGACCAGCUGCCGUUGUCUCUGGCAUCAAUGCUUCACUAUUCCACUGUUACUGGACUUUCUCUGAUUUCUCGCUGUUCCUCGCUAACAGUUCCAGCGAGUGGUAUGUUCGCAUUGGUAUCUUGAGGGUCAGUUGUGGACGCAGCAUUUUCUAUGGUGCUUCAGACGGUGAUCACUGUGGCCGUAGUCUUUGCCGGAUUGUAGUUGUUUGUUUUUACUGAGAUUCCAGCGUGUAGGGAUUUGAUGGAUUGUUGAACCCUAACUUGGAAGAGCAACGAACGGUCGCUAAAGGUUUAGAGCAAGGUAGAAGAGAGGAAAAGAGAGAGACGCUUACCGCAAUUAUAUGUUCGGUUUUAGGCUUCAGAGAUUAUUCCUUUAGCUUCCAUUUAAUUAGGUUUAUUACACGAACUGUUUUCUUUGAAGUAAUAUGUCUUGGAUUAUUGCAGUAAAAGUGUUGGCGUGAAGGGGUUGAGUGUACAGAUGAUGUGAUUGCAACGGUUUUAGCAGAUAUGGCUCAAACUUUAGGCACUAUGGAGUUUCAAUGGGGAAAGAACAUCGCAGGUUCAACGCAGAGUUACGAGAGCAUGCUUUAUAAUGGGAUUAGGUACAAUCUGUAUGAUUGUGCGUUUAUUAGGUCAGAUUUGGUGGAACCGCAUAUUGGGAAGUUGAUGAGACUUUACGAGGAAGGAGGUAGACCAAUGAUUCGUGUGAGAUGGUUUUUCCGAGCCGCCGAGCUUCCUAGUACUAUGAUUAAAGUACUCGGCCAAGAAACGCUCCAAGAAGACCCAAAGGAGUUAUUCAUCGCUCAAGGAAAUUUGAAAGGAGUCGAAAAUGAGAACGAAGUCAUCCUUGGAAAAGCAAGAGUUUUGUGCACCGCCAAGAUUCCAAAGAAUCCUGCACCUUCUGAAUCUCUCUUAGAGAACGCACACUUCUUUUUCAAUAAGGCGUAUGAUGUGUCUAAUAAGAGGCUCGUGGGUAUUGAAAGGAUCGACAAGUCCCUUGCCAGCAGGUUUAUCAAUAAGCCAGAAUGGCUUGAGGUCGCUGAGCAACCUGUAAGUAAAUCUCCCACGGAUGCUGAAAACGUUUCAAGUGCUUCUCCGACCACAUGUAAUUGUAGUUCUUCAUCUGACGACAGCCUUCAAAUGUUGGCUCCAAUCUCAAAUGUCCACUUAGGAAACAAUAAGAAACGGUCGUUCUCUAACAAAGCCACGUUGCAAUCGCUGAGCUGUCGACAUGAAGACGGCUUUGAUUCUGCUAAUCAAUUGAAGAGAUCGAAACUUUCAUUUAGGGAUGACGAAGCUGUUGAAUCUUCCCUAAGUGAAACAUGAGCAGUGUUUUGUUUGGGUAGAGGGAAAGUAAGAACAUGCGUUGAUGUGACCUCUAUCUCCGCAUUCCUAUGAUAUGUGUCAUUUUUAUUAGAGAAUGAUUAUGAGGUCCAGCACAAUAAUGGUAUAGUUUUAUUGCCUCAGAAACAGUCAUUAAUAAGAAGCCAAUAUUACAAAAAGCUGUUUUUGUAAACAAACUUCUUUUGGCUUCUUGGACAAUGACAUUUGUAGAGGAAAAUAAAAAUAGGGGAAUGAUAAAGCAACCCAAGUUUCUACUAAAGUGAUCCAUUCUGUUUUAACCAUCAUUGCACCCUUGUAGCUCCCAUCUUUGUUUCUAGCCAUUCUCCAUUUCCAACCAUUGUUAAGAAUGGAGGUAGGGGGCAGGAACAUUGGAAUAAGAUAACAUUUAAGAACAAAGGAGCAGCUAGGAACAUGGCAAUGGUUGGGAACGGGUGACAAAUGGGAACAACUAAAUGGGGACAGGGUUAAAAGGGUACAAUGGUGGUUUAAACAUGUACAUUGCUUUAGUAAAAAUUUAGGUCACUAAUCAUUUUCUUAAAAAUAGGUAGUAGUAUAUAUAAAUACAUUAAGUAGAUAAUAUCUUUCUUAUAAAAUUUUAAGAAAGUUUCUUAUAUGUGGAUUAGAUAUU